AUACUAGUAUUUCGACACAUGAGAAGCGAAUAGAGAGAGUCACGUGAUAUCAUAGUUAUGAGAUCAAAGCACUUAAAUAUUACAAUAACAAUUAUGCUGCGAUAGAGAGAACAUAUUUUCAGUCAGAGCAACAGUGUUGUGUUUACUACGUAGAAAUAUACUAGAAACAUAUUUUUAAAGUUAUAAAAUGGGAUGUGUAUCUUCAUCAAAAAGGGAGAACGCGUAUAAAGAUAAUUGUAAAGAAUAUCUUAAAAUAGCCUCGAUGCAAUCUUAUCAAAAUGAGCUAACAUUCAAAGAGAAACGAAUCGUUAAAGAAACUUGGAAAUAUAUGACAAAGGAUCUUGCUGAAAAUGGCCUUCAAGUGUUUCUCAGGAUAUUUGAACUUAGCCCAGAUGUAAAGAAAUUGUUUCAUGUUGAAGAUGUACGACAUUCAGAACUUUCAAAGAACCAAUCAAUUAGAGCACAUGGGCACAGAUUUAUUCUUGCUAUAGGUGCUGCGGUUCAUUGCUUGGAUGAUGAGGAUACUGACAAAGAUGAGCUCAAUAAGAUAUUACUUGUUCUGGGUCAACAACAUAAACAGUUUUCGGGUUUCAAUCCGGAGUAUUUCGAAGUAUUUUACGAAGCGCUUAUGUGGCGCUGGGAAAUAUGCAUGGGGGAAAAGUUUACAAAGGAUGUCUCAGACACUUGGAGUCACGUUUUCUUCUAUUUAAUGUUAAAACUGAAGGAAGGAAUCAGCUCUCCAUCAAAUACACAGAUAUCAGAUGAUCACAAUUUUCUAAAUAUCUGAAAAGUGUUUUAUUAAAUGGAAACAUAUAUCUAAAUAUGAACAUUUUUAUUUAUAUAACAAUUAAAAGAAACAUAAAUAGCAUACAUCAGAAAAAAAACUUCUUUUCAAAUAUAUGAUUUGUUAUUAUAAACGGGAUAAAAAGAAAUAUAAGGGUGGUUUUGAAAAUUGUAUGUAAAAUUCACCUUUAUAAUGCUUUAUUACUUAUUUUAAUAACUGUUGUAUUCCAAGCAUACAAUCGGGAGAAAAUUAGAUAAAAAUAAAAAAAAACUGUUUAAUAAAAGUAUAAUAAUGUUUUUGUUUGAAAUAAACUCAAGAAACAAUGAUCGAAAAAACCUAUACGUUGCUAUCACAUUAUUUAAAUGGCCUUCUGUUGCUCAGUAGAAA